AGAGAUCGACCGACACCGAGACAGAUCGUGUUGGUUUCAUUUUGCGAGGUAGAUAGAGAAAGGGAUGCAGGGCGGGAAGAGCUCGAGCGCGGUGGGCGCGGCCAAGGAGGCAGUGGCGAACGUGGGCACGUCGGCGUGGGCGAGCAAGGAGAAGACCAUGGCCGUGGUGCAGGAGACGGUGAACAAGGCCAAGGCGCACGACCCGGCGGCCAAGGUCGAGGCGGAGGCCAGGAAGCAGGAGCGGAUCCACGAGGCGGAGGCCGCCAAGCGGGACGCCAUGCGCCACAACGCCGCCGCCAAGGAGCACGCCACCGCCGCGUCCUACCACCCCACCACCGGCGCCGGAGUGGACGCCCGCGACGUCGAGGUGGAGGGCGCGGCCGCCCCGCGCGCGGGGAGCAGCGACGACGGCUACCUGCCGGUGUCGGGGGCGGGGCACUGGGUGGGCGAGGGCGGCGGUCACCAGCUGCCCGCGCGCGGCACGCCCGGCGGCCACUCUGCGUGAUGACGAAUUGACGAGACUCCAUCCGAUGUGAUUUGCGUGUGAACUGGCUGGUUUGGCAAAUAGCUGGUAUACCUUGUGUGCUUGUUCGAGUGUGACCCCUCCUGUAGUUUUGAGCUCUCAAGAGCUGUGCUUAUUUACGUUGUGAUCUGUGAAAUGAGUUUUAUAUAAUGGAGAUGAGGGUGUGAUUUCACAA